AUGUCGGCGGAGAGCGCGGGGCCGGGGCCGGGGUCCGAGUCCGACCCUCGCCGGCUCUGCUCGCAGCACGGCCAGGCCCUGAGCUGGUUCUGCGGCUCGGAGCGCCGUCCGGUGUGCGCCGCCUGCGUGGGGCCGGGCGGCCGCUGUCGGGGCCACCGCGUCCGCCCCGCCGAGGAGCACGCCGAGGAGCUCCGGAACAAGAUUGUGGACCAGUGUGAGUGGUUGCAGCUGCAGAGUGCCAGCAUCACAAAGUAUAUGGCAGAGGUCUUGCCAAGGAAAAACCAAAGAGUAUUGAGCACAGCCAGUGCCGCGAGGGAGCUGGUCAUUCAGCGCCUAGGGCUUGUGCAGAGUCUGUGCAAGAAUGAAGAGCAGAGGCUGCUGGAAGAGGUCAUGGGGUAAGAGGAGCGGGUCCACCAGAGCAUCUUGACACAGCGCGCCCACUGGAACGAGGCUCUGCAGAAGCUCAAUGCCAUCCGUACCAGCCUGGUGGGCAUGCUCACCCAACUGAAUGACCUCCAGCUGAUUGUAAGAGAGGAGAUUUUUGAGCGGGACUGAACAGCCGAAGGUAUUUUGGAUCCCCAAGAAUCAGAUAAGUUAAACUUCAAUGAGAAGUGCAUUCGGAGCCCGCUGCUGACCCAACUCUGGGUGACUGCCCUCCUGGGCUCUCUGGCAGGCACAGAGGAUGUACACAUUGACGAGAGGACCACCAGCCCCUUCCUGCAGCUGUCAGCCGACCAGAAGACCCUGACCUUCACCGCCAAGAAGUCCAAGGCAUGUGCAGACAGCCCACAGCGCUUUGACCAUUGGCCUAACGCCCUGGCAGCCACCUCCUUUCAGGCUGGCCUGCAUGCCUGGACUGUGGACGUGCGUAGUAGCUGUGCCUAUAAGGUGGGGGUGGCUCUAGGUCAGCUUCCUCGCAAAGGCUCGGGCAGUGACUCGAGGCUGGGCCACAAUGCCUUCUCCUGGGUAUUCUCCCGCUACGACCAGGAAUUCCGUUUCUCACACGAUGGGCAGCACGAGCCACUGGAUCUGCUGCGCGCGCCUGUCCAGCUGGGGGUUUUACUGGACCUGCAGGCCCAGGAACUUCUCUUCUACGAGCCAGCCUCGGGUAUGGUGCUACACUCUCAUCACGCUGCCUUCUCAGGGCCCCUCUUCCCUGUCUUCGCUGUGGCUGACCAAAGCAUCUCCAUCGUUCGCUGA